CGCCGCCCCGCCUGGAGUGCGCCUGCGCAGUCGCCGGGUGCCUCCACCUCCGUUUCCCCUCCCCGUCCUCCCGCGGGGGCUAAGGCUCUGGCGGGACCAUGUUCACCAGCACCGGCUCCAGUGGGCUUUACAAGGCACCUCUGUCCAAGAGUCUUUUACUGGUCCCCAGCGCCCUGUCCCUUUUGCUGACCCUCCUCCUGCCGCACUGUCAGAGGUUCUUUGUGUAUGACCUCCAAGCAGUCAAGGAUGACUUCCAGAUUUGGAGGUUGAUAUGUGGAAGAAUAAUUUGCCUUGAUUUAAAAGAUACUUUCUGCAGUAGUCUGCUUAUUUAUAAUUUUAGAAUAUUUGAAAGAAGAUAUGGAAGCAGAAAAUUUGCAUCCUUUCUGCUGGGUUCCUGGGUUUUGUCAGCCUUGGUUGAAUUCAUCCUCGUUGAGGCUGUGCGGUAUUCCUUUGGUAUCGCUGCAGCCAGGAAUUUGCCUUCUGGAUUCCUGGCACCUGUGUUUGCUCUGUUUGUACCAUUUUACUGCUCCAUACCGAGAGUCCAAGUGGCACAAAUUCUGGGCCCGUUGUCCAUCACAAACAAGACAUUGAUUUAUAUAUUGGGACUACAGCUUUUCACCUCUGGUUCCUACAUCUGGAUUGUAGCCAUAAGUGGACUUGUUUCUGGUAUCUGCUACAACAGCAACGUGUUACGAGUUCAUCAGGUGCUCUGCAUCCCCAGCUGGAUGGCAAAGUUCUUUUCUUGGACACUUGAGCCCAUCUUCGCAUCUUCAGAACCGGCCACCGAAGCCAGAAUUGGGAUGGGGGCCACAGUAGACAUUCAGAGACAGCAAAGAAUGGAGCUGCUUGAUCGGCAGCUGAUGCUCUCUCAGUUUGCACAAGCGAGGCGACAAAGACAGCAGCAGGGAGGAAUGAUCAAUUGGAAUCGUCUUUUCCCUCCUUUACGUCAGCGACGAAAUAUAAACUAUCAAGAUGGUCGGCGGUCUGAACAACAAGCAUCCCCGCCUCUAGAGGUUUCUGAGGAACAGGUUGCCCGGCUCAUGGAGAUGGGAUUUUCCAGAGGUGAUGCUUUGGAAGCCCUGAGAGCUUCAAAUAAUGACCUUAAUGUGGCUACCAACUUCCUGCUACAGCACUGAUGGGCCCGGCGGACGACACGGGGACGGGCUGAGCUGCUGACCACAGCGGGCAUGGUCCCCGCUGCUGACUCAGCCCGAGGACCCCACACUCUCUGGCAUUGAUGUUCUUGAUGAGCAAAGGGUUGGUUGUCCCUGCUAGUCCCCACCCUUAAUUUCAAGAUCAAAACUGUUAGAGUAUCAAAAUAAGUUUGUCAUUAAAUUAGCAUGUAUUUUCUAUCUUUAUUUUUUUAUUGGGUUUUUUCCUUAGUUUGAAGGAUCAUCACUCGUUCCUAAUGUGUUUAAAAUGCAUUAAAAUUGCAGAUUUCUGCAAGCAGUUGAAUAGCACCCCAGAUGGGAAAUUACUGCUGUUGUAAUAUUAUUAUUUUUACUAUAAUGCAUCACACAUUCUAUCUGAUCAUAAAUGCAGUAAAAGGGGAAAGAGGACUAUUAUUCAGAAAGAACAUGUCAAUUACUCCUUAUGGACUUUUUUCACCACUAUUUUUUUCUCAAAUCUGCUUUCAAACCCCAGUGGCUGUUCCGUGUCCACACUUCCCCAGGGGUGAGCAGGCCAUAUGUGCUGCGUGCAGCACUGCCCAGGCCUCAGUGAUGGGGGGUGAGCAGAGACCAAAAUCCAACUCUGCACUGUCCCAGCCCAUCCAGUCAAGGGGUUUUUUCCCAACUCCUUCUCCCUACUUCCCUUAAAAAACAGUGAUAAUAAUCAAGCACCAGUUCGAUGUUCAUGGACUACUCCAUGAAACUUAUCUGGGGUUGAUUUUGCUUAGAAUAUCCAGUUAGUCACACAGGCUAGGCAUAAAAUGGGACAAAGAACAGAGGGGGCUCCCUGGAGCAAUGUGUCCUAACCUGAGUGCUCAGUGGCUGCCCAGGGUGACCCCGGCCCUGGAACAGAAGAGAAAAUAUCUUGCCCUUCCCAGCUGCCGGCCCACCCCCUCUGGAAGCAGACUCUCCCUGGCCCCAGGGUUGAUGGGGGUCUCAGCGUGAGGCAGAGUAGACUGCAGAGGACGCCAUCCCAGAGAGAAGAGGGCAAGGCCAGAGGUGGACGAACAGAAAAAGAUCUAAAGCAGGGUGACGAUUAAGAUUUAAGGAAAUUGUGCAACUAUUGUGUUCUGCAAAGUGAGCAGAACUGUAUCAAAUUGAUGCAAAUUUAGAUAUGUGUGAUACUUAUAAUAAAGUUUUUAAUGUGUUUUA